UUUCUUCACAUCAAAUAAGAUUCAAUUAAUCAUCUGCAGUUCUUCAAACAACCUUAUUAAUUAAAUCAGAAACCCAUGCUUGUUAAAUAGUUACCAUUCGCCACCGACUUAAUCAAAGCCAAAUCAAAAGUUAAACAUAAACUUAUUUAGGCCGGGCAGGUGGUCCUUGUCUCAUUCAAAAAGUCUCUUUUAAAUCAUUGAAACGUUGUCCACCUCGAAUUCGAUUCUAAUUCCAACAAAUCACCUUCAUAAUCCUUACAAACGGAGCCAGCUGUCCAACAAUUAACCAAUAUGUACAUGUGUCAUCGACUUGAAGGAAUUGCAAAAAGUUCUUUCCUAGAGUUGCAGACGUAUGAUCCCUCUCCACUUUCCCUCUUAUCAGUUACACUACCAGCUAACCACCACUCUCCCAUCUCUCUCACCCCACCUCCUCAACCAAAAGGGCCGAAGCCGAUUCGAUUUCCCCCAGACUCCUUUAAUCCCUUGUCAAAUCUGUCUAAAAAUCCAAUAUUUGGAGGAGAAAUGGCUGCAUUGCACUUGAUUUCAGCUCUUGUGCUGUCGUUGUUCCUCCAAAUCCAAAUAUCGGCCUUGAUGGUGGACGCGGCCAUUGGCGUGAACUGGGGUACGCUGUCGUCCCACCGGCUCCAGCCCUCCAUUGUUGUGGAUCUCAUGAAGGAGAACAAGAUCUCCAAGGUGAAGCUCUUCGACGCCGACCCCACUGUGCUCCGGGCGCUGGCGGGGAGCGGAAUCCAAGUGAUGGUGGGCAUCCCCAACGACAUGCUCGGGAUUUUGGGCUCUUCGCCCGCCACUUCCGAUCUCUGGGUCACUCAGAAUGUGUCGAGAUAUAUGGUUAAAGGCGGCGUAAACAUUGGGUACAUUGCUGUCGGCAACGAGCCCUUCCUUACAAGCUACCAGGGGCAAUAUCAGUCCCUGGUUCUUCCAGCAAUGCUCAAUCUUCAGCAAUCAUUAACAAAAGCAAACCUGGCAGGUUACGUAAAGCUGGUCGUCCCUUGCAAUGCUGAUGCUUAUCAGUCUGCCUCACUUCCUUCUCAAGGAGCAUUUCGACCUGAACUGACUCAGAUAAUGACCCAGCUGGUCUCUUUUCUCAAUUCCAAUGGAUCUCCCUUCGUGGUUAACAUUUACCCUUUCCUGAGUCUUUACCAGAGCUCGGACUUCCCACAAGACUAUGCCUUCUUUGGGGGAUCUUCACACCCUGUUGUGGAUGGCCCAAACGUGUAUUACAAUGCCUUUGAUGGAAAUUUUGACACCUUAGUGGCGGCUCUUACUAAAAUCGGCUUUGGGCAAAUCCCUAUAGCAAUUGGUGAAGUGGGCUGGCCGACAGAUGGAGCACCAAGUGCAAAUCUUAGUGCUGCAAGAGCUUUCAACCAAGGCCUUAUCAGUCAUGUCUGGAGUAACAAAGGGACUCCUCUGAGGCCUGGGGUUCCUCCAGCGGACGUUUAUCUCUUCAGUCUUCUUGAUGAAGAACAAAAGAGCAUACUUCCAGGGAAUUUUGAGCGACACUGGGGGAUUUUUUCUUUUGACGGUCAGGCUAAGUACCCCUUGGUCCUUGGAGUGGGCCAUGGCGGAUUAAAGAAUGCCGAAAAUGUUCAAUAUCUUCCGUCAAGGUGGUGUGUUGCCAACCCAUCUCAAGAUCUUGGUGGUGUUGCAAAUCACAUGAAGCUAGCUUGCAGUGUUGCUGAUUGCACCACUCUCCUCUAUGGAGGAUCCUGCAAUGCCAUCGGAGAGAAGGGAAAUAUCUCAUAUGCAUUCAACAGUUACUAUCAGCUACAAAAGCAGGAUGCACGAAGUUGUGAUUUUGAUGGGCUUGUGAUUACAUUCCUUGAUCCUUCAAUCGGUGACUGCCGCUUUCUUGUCGGAAUUAGUGACAGUAGUUGUUCUUGCAUUGGUUGUGGAAUAUUUGUUGGGUUAUGGAUUAUGAGCUUCUGGGUGUUGAUGUAUCUGAGAAUUUUGGGUUCUCUGUGAUACCAGAAACAGCUUUUUUGGGUAUUUGUGGUGCCCAUCUGAAAGUUGGAUCUUUUUGUACUCACAGGGAGAAGAAUAGACUGUCAUAGUUUUUCAUUAUACAUCAGUGAAUCCACUUGUGUUGUAGUUAUCGUA